CACCGGAGCAAAUCGAAAAAGACAGUGGACAAGAACAGCAAUGAGUACCGGGUGCGCCGGGAGCGCAACAACAUCGCGGUGCGCAAGAGCCGGGACAAGGCCAAGCAGCGCAACGUGGAGACGCAGCAGAAGGUGCUGGAGCUCACCACCGACAACGAGCGGCUGCGCAAGCGGGUGGAGCAGCUCACCCGCGAGCUGGAGACUCUGCGGGGCAUCUUCAGGCAGCUGCCCGAGAGCUCGCUGGUGAAGGCCAUGGGCAGCUGCGCUUAGGGCCGCGCCGGGACCGGCCGGGCUGCCCUGCCCGCCCACAGAUACUUUACGUACCGGAGCGCGGCGAGCGCACUGUGCCGGGGGAAAGGGGGAUGGGGGCUGUUUUGUUUUUGUUUUGUUUCGUUUGUUUGGGUUUUUUUUUUAUCAGUUCACGACCUAUACAAGAAGCCAGGCAGCUCUAGUAUUACAAGGUUUGUGCCUUACGGAUGACACACGAGUAACCUGAAAACAUGGUGGGUUUUCUAAGGAGAAGAGCAAGGGGAAGGAAGAAUUAAAAAGCCCACGUGUCUACACAGGGUAAAUAACAGUAAUAAUAAUAAUAAUAAUAAUAAUAGUAAUAAAGCACAUAUAGCAACCCAGAUGUGCCUUAAAAGCUAGCUGCAGGAGCUCUGGGGCUUUCUGCACCCUCUAGCCUGGCAGGGCAUGAGGAAAAAGGGUGAGGGACGUGCAGGCUUGAGGGUCGGGGUGUCUGGGGUGUCCUGCCAGGCCCUCCCAGCUGGCCUGCGGUUCAGCAGGCAGGAGCAGCUGUGGGGAUACCAGCGACAAGAGGACUCGAGGCUGAGGGACAUGCAGCACUGGACACCCGUUUGGAGCACUGAGGUGUGGGGCAGCCGCUAGACUGCUGCCAGGACUGCCCCAGCCUGGCUGGGCUGCCUCUGCCAAGCCCUGUCCCCUGCCUUGGCUGGGAGAAGGGCAAGGGGCCACCACUGCUGCGGGACCAAUGGACAGCCGGGGACUGAUGGAGCAGCAGCUUGCACGAGUGUGUGAUGAGCUCCCUCCAUCAAAAGAAAGAGCAGCAGUGUACUGUAUGUCACGACGUGGCGAAGCACAAAUGAAUAAAUACCUAUCGAUGCGGGUAUUUACUAUGAACUUUCA